UCCAACAAAUUUGAAAUUUAGGCCAUGUUAGUCGAAAGAACUACAUGAGAGAUGUCCCUAAGUCUUUGUGUAUUAAUGGUAUGUGCUCCUAUAAAUAGAACUAUCAUUGCCAACCAUUAUCAUUACAAGAGCAAAUCAAGUUUUUCCAACUCUAUUACAAUUUGCUGUCUUAAUUUCUGCAAAUUAAGAUGGGUAAUUUAUACAAGUGUGUUGAAGUACUUCUUGUGAUAUUUGCUUUGGUGAUAGGAACAUCUGAAUGCCGAAAAGUAAAAGAAGAUAAAUUUGUUGUCGAUAACUUUGGUGGAGAUGGCUUGGGUGGCGGUGCAGGUGCAGGUGGAGGUUUUGGUGGCGGUAGUGGUGGAGGUGUUGGAGGAGGACUUGGACAUGGUGGUGGAGCCGGUGGGGGCUUUGGAGGCGGUGCUGGAGCCGGUGUAGGUGGAGGCUUUGGAGGCGGUAAAGGUGGUGGUGUAGGAAUUGGAGGUGGUCAAGGUGGUGGACUAGGCGGAGGUGGUGGUGCAGGUGGAGGCUUUGGAGGUGGUCAUGGUGGUGGACUAGGAGGAGGUAUUGGAGGCGGGCAUGGUGGUGGAGUAGGGGGAGGAACCGGUGGGGGUAUAGGUGGAGGCGGAGGAGCUGGUGGAGGUGCCGGAGGUGGCUUUGGAGGUGGUAAUGGUGGAGGAGCCGGUGGAGGCAUUGGAGGUGGUGCUGGAACUGGUGGAGGUGUUGGAGGUGGCUUUGGAGGUGGACAUGGUGGAGGAGCCGGUGGAGGCAUUGGAGGUGGUGCUGGAACUGGUGGAGGUGCUGGAGGUGGUUUUGGAGGUGGUAAUGGCGGUGGUAUAGGGGGAGGAGUUGGUGGGGGUGGUGGCGCAGGUGGAGGUGCUGGUGGUGGCUUUGGAGGAGGUGCUGGAGCUGGAGGAGGUUCAGGUGCUGGUGGAGGCUUUGGAGGUGGUGCUGGAGCUGGUGGAGGUGCUGGCGGUGGAGCAGGUGGAGGUGCUGGGGGAGGAUUUGGUGGUGGUGCUGGAGGUGGUGGGGGUUUUGGAGGUGGUGACAAUGAUAGGGUUUAAGUUAAAAUAUUCUCAAUCCUAAUAUGUAAUGUGUUAUUCAUGAAAGAAAUGAAAUAAAUGCAUCUUUUUGCUAAA